AUGAAUAUCAAUUUAAUUGCCACCAAUGCAUCCAAACGGUGGCCAAAUCACGACAUAUCGACACUAAAACUCUUGCAGUUAGUCCACAGACACGCAGAGCGACCGCCGCUAUAUUUCCCGCCUAACGAUCCCUACAAAGACAGCAAGUAUUGGCACGAAGGGGGCGGAGAACUGGCCCUCAAAGGCAAGUAUCGUAUGUAUAAAUUGGGAGAAUUCAUACGACAAGACAAGUAUUGGCACGAAGGGGGCGGAGAACUGGCCCUCAAAGGCAAGUAUCGUAUGUAUAAAUUGGGAGAAUUCAUACGACAAGAGUAUAACGACUAUUUGGGCGAUAAAUACUCGCCCCGAGAGGUGUUUGACAGAAGUUCGGUCACCGAUCGGUGCAUUGAAAGCACAUCCAGUCUAUUGGCCGGCGCUUAUCCGCCCAAAACUCAGGACUGGAUUUGGGAUAUCGGAGGGGACGCUAACACAUCCAGUCUAUUGGCCGGCGCUUAUCCGCCCAAAACUCAGGACUGGAUUUGGGAUAUCGGAGGGGACGCUAAGUUGGCUCAUUCCUGGCAACCCAUCCCUAUUCAGACUUUUAUUCCACAUGAAAACGAUCUGGUUUGCAAUGAGGACAAACACUGUCCGCUUGUGGACCGGGAGAGGGCGAAGAUAUUUGAAAGACCGGAACUCAAAAACUUUACUGAAAGUCAGAAAGAGGUGUAUAAGAAGGCUUCGGAGGCGAGCGGACAGUCCAUAAAAUCCAUUCAGAGUGCAUCUGAUUUAUGGGAUGUCCUACAGAUUGAAUUCGCCCGCAAUUACUUCUGGAAUAAGACGUGGACUCAGGAGGAAGAGAAGAAAAUGAUCGACGACUUGUAUUUAUCGCGAGAAAUGCAAUUCCGAUACAAUUGGGACAGUCCUGCCAUUAGACGGCUGAGAGGCGGCGGUUUGGCCUCACAGUUGAUCCACAAUAACAGAGAAGAGGUGGCAAAUCAAAACAAUCGGAAACUAUACGUGUACUCAACGCACGACACAACUGUUGCCGCAGUAAUCAAUGCACUCAAUCUGUCCAAUCGAGAUAUGCCGCCAUUCGGUGCGACCCUUCUCUUUGAAUUACACCAAAACAGUAAAACCAAUGAAUAUUUUGUGAGAACUUUCUAUCAAAACGAGACCACAAUUAAUGAAGGGAUUCCUCACGCCCUCAGUUGGGGUGACUGCCAGUCGCUAACCGACUGCCCAUUUGAUAAAUACAUUGAAUCCACGAAACACUUGUUGUACACAGAUUUUGAUAAGGAAUUCGUAAACAUAUGUUUGAUUUUGUCGGUCAAUUUGUUUGCCGCCAAUGCAUCCAAACGGUGGCCAAAUCAUGACAUAUCGACACUAAAACUCUUGCAGUUAGUGCACAGACACGCAGAGCGACCGCCGCUUAACUUCCCGCCUAACGAUCCCUACAAAGACAGCAAGUAUUGGCACGAAGGGGGCGGAGAACUGGCCCUCAAAGGCAAGUAU